GUCGCCGUGGAUAUUUAUAUUAUUCUUUUUCAUCCCAUCGCACCCCAUUCAGUCAGUCGCCUGCAGCCGUAAUCCACCUCGAUCGGCAUUCUUCCGUUUGCGUUGUACGUUAUUCUUCCAAUUGUCCAGAUCCGACCCGAUCCGGAUCCGGAUCCGGAAUCCGAUAUUGUAUGGCGGCGUCGCGUCGUCUCCGGGAGCUCCAAUCGCAAUCGGGGAACAAGAUCUGCGUCGACUGCACCCAGAAAAACCCCCAAUGGGCAUCCGUAUCAUACGGCAUCUUCAUGUGCCUCGAAUGCUCCGGCAAACACCGCGGCCUCGGUGUCCACAUCUCCUUCGUCCGAUCCGUAACCAUGGAUUCAUGGUCCGAGAUCCAGCUUAAGAAGAUGGAGAACGGAGGCAAUGAAAAAUUCAAUAAUUUCAUCUCUCACUACGGAAUCCCCAAGGAAACCGACAUCGUCGCCAAGUACAACACGAACGCCGCCUCCGUUUAUCGCGAUCGCGUACAGGCGCUUUCGGAGGGCAAACCCUGGCGCGAUCCGCCGGUGGUGAAAGAAGCCUCGAAGAAGCCGAAUAGCAGCGUUGAAAGCAGUUACAAUAGUCGCGGUAGUAAGCCGCCCUUGAGUGGCAGGAAUGGUAAUUCUGGGAAUGAUUCGGGGUGGGAUAGUUGGGAUAGUUUCGAAGAUGGAGGGAAUAGUGGGGGUAACAAUAUUAGGAGGAAUAAUUCGGCCGGAGAUUUUAGGAGCUCCGGUAGUGGCGGCGGUGUGCCGUCACGGUCAAAGUCAACGCAGGAUAUUUAUUCACGGGCGCAGUUGGAGUCAUCUGCAGCUAAUAAGGAAGAUUUCUUCGCUAGGAAGAUGGCUGAAAAUGAUUCCAGGCCAGAUGGUGUUCCUCCUUCGCAAGGUGGGAAGUAUGUUGGAUUUGGAUCGAGUCCGGGACCAGCAGCCCCGAGGAAGAACAAUGCUGAUGGAGAUGUUCUUUCAGUUGUUAGUCAGGGAUUUGGUAUGUUGUCAUUGGCAGCUGCAUCUGCUGCAAAUGUUGUUCAAGCUGGAACGAAGGAGAUCACGUCUAAGGUAAGAGAGGGGGGCUAUGAGGAAACAGUCAGUGUUGUAACUGCAAAGACAUCAGAGAUAGGGCAGAAGACAUGGGGGCUUAUGAAAGGGGUAAUGGCUUUGGCCUCCCAGAAAGUGGAGGAGUUCACAAAAGAAGGCUCUGGCCCACAACGGAACGAAAACGACAGCACCGGAUAUUAUCAAGAAUUCGGACACGACUCGAAAGGAUGGAAUUCUUCAACUGGAGCACAAUCCUCAUCCACUCGUCAGUUUAACUCUGUUAGCUCUAGUGCGUGGGAUGAUUGGGAUGUCAAAGACAGCAGAAAAGAAGAUUCGUCGAAGGGGGCCCCAGCCCCCCCCUCAAAAGGGGAUGAAAGCUGGACAGGCUGGGAUGAUGGUAAAGACGAUGGGUAUGAUAGUUUCUAUCAUAGUGCACCUGAUAAGAACUCGGUUGGUUAUAAUGGAAAAUCGGAUGACAGCAAGUGGACUGGGGGUGGGUUUCUUUGAGGUAAGUACUCAUAUCUCAUUCUUGAUGCUGCAUCUUUUUUUUUUUUUUUUUUUUUUUAAACUUUUUCUUCCUUUACAUUUUUGCUUCGGAUAAAACCCAACACAAUACGAUGAUGGGUUUGUGUGACAUAGGGUCUAUAAAUGUAAAAUAUCGUGUACUGGACCUGCGAAAUACCGAUCGAACGAUAGGGAUUGCUUGUUUGUGUUGUACUGACCUUUGCUUUUCCCAUUUCAAAUUUUAAUUUAGACUGC